GCGGGUGCGGGAAGGCUGGGACUCGUGGGUUAUUGUGAAAUGGGUUGUCUGAAAUCGGAUGGAGAAGUGUGACACUGGGUGUGGGGCAGUGAUGCUUGGUCAGCUGAGGCAGCUGGCAGUGUCACGGUGUAUGAGUUCCUGCAUUUCCAGGUUGUGGUCUGCUUAGCUGGCACAGUUUUUGCUUUCUGUUUUCACCACCAUUUCUCAUGGACAAAAUUGCACAUAAACAAACGAAAUUUGCCUCAUGCUCAAAUUGUUCCCAAAAGUGUCAAUCACAUUGAAACAAAUUCACAUUUUCAAAACAAGUAUUAUAGCAAAACUGUAUUUUGGGGGCAUUCCCUCCUGUAACUAGUUUUUCAAAAUCAGAUAAACUAAGAGUCCCAACCGCCCCAGAUAAGGGUACUCAUCUGCAUCCUAGAAUUGUGGCACAAUAUUCCUCAAGCUGAGGCCCAAGGACCCAGACAGGCUGGAGAAAGGUUCUGGGAUCAGAAGUGUCCCAUCUAAGGGACAUCGGCCUAAACGCUGUGGCAGAAGAUGCUGGAGAGAGAGGAUCAUCACGGGGGUCUGAGUGCUGACUGGCCUAAGCAGGUGUCCGUCAUUGCCACCCAGCAAAUGAGCUUAGAUCUAGAAAGGUCUUGUGUCGGAAACCCAGGACUCCAUGGGAGAUUCUAAGGAGACUGGGUUAGGGAAAGUCUUUACUUCUGAUCUGGCUGGAGAAGGGAGAAGAGAAGAGACGCAUUCCUAGGACCAGGCAGACAGAGCUGGCCAAAAAUGUCACGGGAAGAAGUGACACUUCCUCAGGGGGCAAGCCUGCCACUGAGAUCUGGCUGGAGCCCAGGCAAGGGACAAGCCGGCUGGAUAAGCUGACCCCAGGCUCACAGCCCAGACCUCCACCGAGGGCUCACGUGCAGGUGUGGGCAUCAGGGCAGCCUCUGGGCCAAGGGUGCAGAGGUCUGUGUGGCUGCAGAGAUGGUUGGCCAACACCUGCAGGUUGGGCUCUAAUCCUGCGCCAAUCCCACUAUCUGGCACUUGGCUUGGUGACCUUCUCAGGACAACCCAGUGUGUAUCUGCCGAUCUUGCGACUGUAGGGCUCCUGCACACCACUGCAGCAGUCCCUCCGUGAGCCCUGGGCACAGGCAGAUGAAGACUCGAGUCUCAGAAGUCAUCAUGACCAGUGUGGAGCACCACGUGCAGCACUGACCUCAGCACUUAGCCUUAGCUGUCCUCUGACCCUUAAGACAAACCGAGGGUGGGUGUUAUUAUCCCCACUCCACAAAUGAGCUGGCCCAGCCUGCAGUGAACCCCCAUUCCCAGUCCCACCCAGCCAGCAGAAGGCGAGCUAGGAUUUAAACGUCACCCGCCAGAUGCGAGCCUGAAAUCAGGCCCCUCGAUCGCCUGCUGCUUCCCUGAGUGUUUGAGGAGAUUCCUGAUGACACUUCCUUUUGAAGGGUCUGUUCCGACAGGGCUGAGCUGAGGGCUGACUCACUCAUCCACUCAGGAACCUGGUCGGCCUUUGGCUGCAGGGCCAGUAAGGGUCUGAUACAGAGGCACCAGGUCAGGCUCAGGUGUCCCAGAGCAGGGGGGAGGCAUGAACUGGGGCCGGGGGCUCACGUGGCACGUGGGGUGGGCACAGCGCCCGGCUCGAAGGAGACAUGUGAGGAAUAGGGAAAUGUCUAGGGGAGGGGUCGGCAUCCACAAAGGCACAAAGUCCACAUGAGCUGUGAGGGCGCAGGAGAUGAGCGUGGCAAGCAGGGAGGUCUGGACUUUCCCCGCAGGCUGAGGGAACAAGGGAAAGGGCAGGAACGGGCAGGGUCCACGUGCUUGCUCCGCAAGGAUUCACUGAGAGCCUCUGAAGUGCUGCCAGUCGACUCAAGGGACCCAACGGAGACUACACUGUCCUGCAGCCCUGGGCUCACAGAUCAUAUAAGCAUAUGAGCCGGUCAUUAAAAAUUAGGACAGAUCUUUAGAAAAGAGUGUCUCCUUCCUCUACUCAAAACCCUCCAAGCCUUACCAUCUCACUGGAUGUAAAACCCAAAGUCCCUAUCUCAGCCACAAACCCCAUCCCCUGCCUCUCUGCCUCAGAUCCCCCCUCUCUCUCUGUGGAAUUCCACUCCAUCUCACAGGUCUCCUUGAUAGUCUUCAAAACUGCACCAAGCCUGCUCUCAUGCCCCAGGGCCUUUGCACUGACUGUCCCCUCUGUCUGGAAGGCUUUGCCCCAAACGGCCUCAUUUCCUGUUCCCUCCCUUAUUUCAAGUCUCCUCCUAAGCAUCGCCUUGUUAGGGAGGGCCUCCCGACCACUCUGCACUAAAGAACGUUCCCCCUACUCUCCCCUCCUCCUACAUCACUCCUCCCCAUGGCACGUAGCACCACCACCCUAUCAUCCCUGUAUCUAUUGUGUGCAUGUCGUCCUGCCAGGAUGUCAGCUCCGUGGCAGCAGGGCUGGUGAGAGAUGGUGGUGGACCCCUGCUCUGGAGCAAACGACCAAGCACACAGCCCUCACAGUAGCCACGAGACGGCAUGGCCACCCCACGCUGAAGAGAAGGAAGCUGAGGCAUGCAGAGGGUUGUGCAGUCUUCCGUCAGCUGGCUGUAACUGGCAGUGUGGGGAGCUCCACUCAGGCCUGUCAGAUCCCAGGCCCCCCCAACCUCUGUGCCCUCUGUCUCCCCUGCCCAGACUUUGUGACUGCCCUCAGGGCACGGAACGGGGGCUGGGGAGCCUGGUGCUCCCGUCCCCCGACAGCUUCCAGCCUGCCCAGCACUGGGCAGCUCCUGCGCAUAUAAAUAGAGCCAGAGAGAGCAGGGGCUCCCUGCUUGUUCCCGCUGUCCUCCAGGACCCACCAUGGCACCUGGUGCCUGGUAGGCUUUCAAGACCUGCGGGCUCAUGAGAACAUGCAUGUAGCUCUCCCUCGGUGCCAGACAUUGCCCUUGCUGCUUAACACACGUACUUCAUCUGAGCUCACCAGGAUAGGAGGAGGAAGAAGCGUGAGUGCCCUACUCGACAGAUGAAGAAGCAGACUCACAGGGUCGAGGCCUGCCCCAGGCCCAUGUGACAAAGCCGGAAGCGGGCUGUGUAAGUACUCUGAUGCUGCUGAAGGGGGCCCCUCGGGGUGGCUCCUGAGCUGAGCUCUGAAGGAGCAGGAAUCAACCGCGGGUCAGGGUUGGGGGUGACAUGAGUCUGAGGUUGGGCCUUUGGAGCCUGAGGGUCUAGAAACCCAACCACACGCCUCCAGCAGCCCCGGCCCUCAGCCCAUGCCCCUCUCCAGGGGCCAACCACUCUACCCGUCACAGUUCUCCACUCCUAGCAUGCACGCCGGUCUCCCUGGCUCUCUCCCUCCUUGCUACCCUCCAAACCAUGCUUUGCAAAAAGCAGACAGGAACUAAGAACGUGGAGAAGUUGCCAAGGCUCCAGAGCCUGACAGAGCCCUCCCAGCCUCCCCACCGGCCUCUAGUCCCUGAGCCCUUCCUGAGGGCUGACUGGCUGACCCCUGGGGCUGGUGACAAGGUCACACUCCCAGAAGACUCUGGCUCUAGCCAAGAUCUGGAGAGUCUUUCCUCUGAGGCCUCUCUUCCUGGCUCUGGCUGGCAGGGCCCCGAGUAGACGAGCAGAUGCCCCUGCCCUCCCCGGGGCCACCUGCCUUCCCACAGCACUCCAGACUCAUUGAAGGGACAACUGGCUCCCUCAGAAACCCAGGGGCACAUCCUCAGACACUCCAAAGGCCAAUUAGCACCUGGCCUGUUUCUACUGCCGGCCAACACAUCUUCUCCAGCUUCAUGGCGGGAAUUCUCUUACAAAAAAGAAAAAUGGUUGAACAAAAGCACAUUUAUAACUUUAUUGAGCACCCACUGUGUGCCAGGGCUUGUCUGGGGCUCUGGAAUGCAGAGCAAUAUGCUGUGGCCCUUGUCCUCUCCUGGGACAUCACCCUGAGGCUUCUCUCUGGGCAGAGCCUCCAUCCAAUGGGGUGACCCCCCUUGGCAGCUGUGCAGAGAGAGGCCACAGCAGAAGAGAUGAGGCCACAGCAGAAGAGAUGAGGCAGGAAGAACAGGCCACAGACUAGGCUGCCUGCACCAGGCCCCAAUCUCGACAGCUCGGAAAGUGUAGGAGGAAUGGACUGGUUGUGGGGACCUGGGAGAGAGCCCAGCUGUGCCUCAGUGCCCUCACCUUGAGGAGGGGUGGUAUUCACACUAUCUGCCUGGGGCAGGGGGUAUUAGGACUGUUACAACAGGGUCUGGUAUACAGUAAGCACUCAAAAAAUGUUAGCCAUGGCCCUUUCACUAUCUCAAGUGAAGGAGAGGGGAAGGAAUGAGUCACCACUGAUGUCUAGGAGGGCACUGGCAGUCAAGUGUCAGCUGAAUCUGUGGGAGUGCAGACUGGGCAAAUCCUUCCCCAGAGCUCCUUGUCACAACAGGAUGUGACCACAUGCCUGCCAACCCUGAGGUUACAAACAGGCCAUAGCAGGCAGGAUGGAAGUGAUCACGUGGCCGGUAUUGCUAGGACGUGCAUCGGCCACGUGCAGUAUGGCUACUUCCCAGGAGGCGCCUCCCAGCACACCCCUUGUGGGCAGGACACUACAGCCUGUCCGUGUACACAGGAGGUGGAAGUGGGUGUGGACAGACGGCUCCUGGCCAAAGGUCCUGUUCUUCAGUAACUUGACAACUUGAGACAAUAGCUUUAUAAGGAAGCUUGUUAAACCUACAAAGAAUCCCAUGCCAAGACGGGAGCAAAGAUCCCUGAAGGCCUCGCCCAGCUGGCACGCUGAGCUAAAUCUAAUGAGGCAAAUUUAAAUGGGGACAAACUGUGCAAAAGCCAGUGACCCAAGAGCAGAAGAGGGGAGAUGCGACUCAGCGUAAGUGGGAAGACACUGGAGCUCUGUUUGCAGUGAAUUCCUAAUGAGCCCAUGAGGAACGCACACCCUGAGUGACGCCAGGAGCUUCCUGUCACUCCUGCAGGCCCCGCCUCCCUGCAGUCAGGAACUGUUGGGCCCUUCCAAAGUGACACUGUCCAAGGGCUCAGACAGAAGAGCUGGACAGAAGACAGCGAAGGCCGGCCCGCUCUCUCCCCCCCCAGACCCCGCCCCACGAACACAUGAUCCAAAUCAGUGCGGACAAAUUUUUGGAUGAAUCCCUUGCUCUCCAACCUUUUGCUACUCUCUAUCCCAAACUCAAACCCAAUAGAUUUGGAUACCAAAGGACACUUGUAUACGUGAAAUAACAAAAAAUAUGAUAAGAAAAUUAGAAUGAAGAGGAAGUAAGAGGAAGCCCAGAGGAAGCCUAGAAAAGAGGAAUACAAAGAAGGGAGCAGGAGGCUGCAGCUCAACAUUCCGGGGGUCUCUGGGGUCUCUACUGCACGCUGCAGCUCUAAGAAGAGGCUGGAGGCAGCAGAGGCGUGGUGACCAGGCACCACACAGUAGAGGGCACAGUCCGCCCUGGCAAAAGGAGGAAGGGGAUGGGGACCUGCAGCCCCGCCCACACUCCUCUGCACAGCCAGACUUCACGGAAGAGCUGCGUGUGCCCCCAUCUCCUCUUUACCUCCCUGCUUACUUCUCAGACUCAUGAUUCUGGCAUCAGCCAAAUCACUCCACCCAAACAGCCCUCACUAAGUCACUAAAGACGUCCAAGUCCCUACCGCCGAUGCACACUUUCCAGUCUUCAUCUCAUCUGCCCUUUCAGGAGCAAUCGAUGGCGUUGUAGCCUUGAAUUAUCAUCUGCCUGCGGCUGCGCCGGCUCAGCCUUCUCAGGCUUCCUCCUGUCCCUGUGGUCGUUCCUGCUCUAUGUCCUUUGCAGGCUUGUCCUGGUCUUCAAGGCACGGUGGCCUGAAGCCUAUUGUCUCUCAUUCAUUACUGAUUACGGGGUGACUUCAUCCACUCGUAUAGCUUCAUUUGCCAUCUAGAAGCUGAUGACUCCAAAAUGUAUCUUUCCAGCCCACACAGCAGGUUCUCCUCUGGGACCUAGCGCAUUAACCACUGCCUCUCGAACAUAACUUCUUGGAGGCCUCAGUGGCGCCCGAUCUCAUCAGCACAUCCAAACCUGACUCAGGAUCUUCCCUCUAAACUUGGUCUUCCCCCGUACUGGGCUGGUGUAACCCGCAGCUCCAGAACCCACACCAGAAACUGUGAGGCUACCCUGGCUCUCACCCAUGCAGACCAGUCCAUCCCAUCAUCGCUAAACUUUUCUCCACUUUGCCCAUUUCUCUCCGCCUCCAUGGCACCGCCCACGUCUCCGCCACCUUCGUCACUUGCUUGGAUGACUGCAGUGGCCUCCUUACUGUGCUCCACCCAGUGGCUCUUUCACCUCCAAUCCAUUCCCACACCCUCUUCCUUAAAGCCCUUCAAGGGCUUCCCAAGGCCCUUAGGAUGAAGACCGACAUCAGUCCCACGGCCACAAGGCCCUAUCACAGCCGAGGCCCUCUGUCCUUCUCCAGUACGUACGUCCCCUCUCCUCCUCUAUCACACAAGCCACCCUUGUCCAGUUCCUUCGGUGGAGCACACCGCCCCCCAGUCCCUGCGCGGGACCCUCCUCCUCCACAUCGUCUCAGUCAUCACUUCCUCAAGGAGCCCGCCCCACGCUGGCUGGGUCUAACCCACCCGCUACGACCUCUCCCAGCACCACCCGGAGCAGUCAUCACAGUGGUAACGGACGUUGACGUGAGAUUAUUCGAUUCACAGCUGCUCCCCAGUGUAGCCUAAGGCCAUCAGGCAGGGACAAUGCCUGAUUAUGACUAGCACUGAACGCCCGAUUCCUAACACAACGCCUGCCACACACUUGGUGCUCAAUAUAUAUUUUUUGGAGGAGAGAAGCACUGAGUACAAAAGGAAACAGAGAUGGUGUAUCAGUCAGAGUUCGUCUAUAUUAAGAGAUUUAUUUUAAGGAAUUGGCUCAUACAACUGUGCUGGCUGGCAAGCCUGAAAUCUGUAGAGCAGGCCAGCAGGUUGGAAAUUCAGGCAGAAUUUCUGGGACAGUGUUGAGGCAGAAUUCCUUCUUCCCUGGAAAACCUCAGUUUUCUACUUGUAAGGCCUUCAACUGGUUGGAUGAAGCCUACCCACGUGAUUGAGGGUAAUCUCCUUAAAGUCAACUGAUUGUGGAUGUUAAUCACAUCUGCAAAAUACUUUCACAGCAAGUGUCUACACUAGCAUUUGACAAGUGUCUGCACUAGCGUUUGACCAAAUUCUUGGGCACCAUAGCCUAGCCAAGCUGACACACAAAAUUUAACAAUCACAGAUGACGAAGACGGCAUCAACCCAAGAAGAGGCCAACGGUGGGGCAAGACUAGAUGGUGGGAGAGGACUGAGAAGGCAGUGAUAAGCUUAUUUUCAUGUGCUGGAGGAAAGCCCGGCAAGAGUGUUCUAUAAAGAGCAGAGGGUGUAGAGAGAUCUGCUCCACUGAAGAGAUCUCAGCCCUGGUCCCAGGGCCAGAGUGACUCAACCAGGCCUAUAGUCAGGGCAUGAAAGGAGGGUGGGGGCAGGCCCCCAUUGUGAGGUCCAGGUGGAAUGCUCAGCCCGCACUGACCCCAGCCCUGGCUGAUCUUCAACCCCAUCCACGCCCCCCACCCCCCACCCUCCUACCAGGAGUGUGCCCUCUGACUUACACCUCCUGUUUGAGAGCAGACGCCUGCAGAACCAGUGGAGGUCACGAGGACACGGCCUCCCUCAACUCCCAAGGUGUCUUCCUGUCCCCGUCCCCGACAGCAGCAAGCGAACCUGUCCUGGAAGAAGUGGGGAUGGUGACUCUGGCACCUCUGGCCGACAUGCUAAACAGUCCACAGCCCAGCCCUGCAGCCGGCCCAAUCAUGAGCCCCCUGACGGGCCCUCUCAACACGCUGCUGCCUGGCUCAGGGCCCAUGCCGCAGAGCAGCCCACUCACCAGCCUUCUGACUGGCCCCCUCAGCAGACACCUGGCCAGCCCCAUGGGCCUGCCCUCGACUGGCUCUCUGACUCCAAGCAGCCACUUGGCCAGCCCCAUGGCAGUGCCCCCAGCGGGCACACUGGCCAGCCCCAUGGGCCUGCCCUCAACUGGCCCCCUGACUCUAAGCAGCCACCUGGCCAACCCCAUGGCAGUGCCCCCGGCGGGCACACUGGCCAGCUCCAUGGGCCUGCCUUCCACUGGCCCCCUGACUCCAAGCAGCCACCUGGCCAGCCCCAUGGCUCUGUCUCUGGGCAGCCCCCUGCUCACCUCCACGCCUGCCCCUCUAGGCGUCCCUCAGAACCUUCUAGCCAACCCCAUUAGUAAUCUGGGGCUGUCAGAGGCCCCAAGGGUGCGGCUGGCAGAGCCGCUCCGAGGAAGCCCCUCUGGACACCAUCCAUCAGCUGGCACGAGGCCUGCUGCCACCUCCAAAGUCCCACUCUCCACUGAGCACCCCCGGCCAAGCCAGGACCCAGAGCCCCUCAGCGUGGCGUUCGUGGGUGUGCCCAUCCAGACCUCCACCCCCAUCGGUACCGGGGGCACUCCUGGCCCUGUGACGGCCUUCUCCUACAGCACCUCAGACGCCCGGACCCAGCCUGGUGUCCCCCAGGGACAAGCAGUUCCUUCCUCUGACCCCACCUCCCCAACUGCUGCCCUCACUGUCACAGGCCUUGCCUCUGCCCCCACUCCCGCCCCCCAAGCUGCCACCAACCACACUCCCUCUAGUACGACCCACAUUACCCAGUGCACCCCCAACUCCACCUGCCGGCCCUCAGCAACCUCCCACUCCCCUCCACGCAACCCUCUCUCCCCACUUCGAGCCUCAUCCUCCCCAGCCUCUGUCAACAACAACCGGGGUGCACGCGUCUCGGAAACAUCUCGGAAAAGCAUCCUGGAGUUGGAGCGGAAGCUGGCCCACCGAAAGGCCAGCAAGUUCCCUGAUGGCCCCCGAGAUUCGAAGCAGCUGGCCUGGGAGAGGCUGGUGGGAGAGAUAGCCUUCCAGCUGGACCGCAGGAUCCUGUCCAGCAUCUUCCCCGAGCGCGUGCGCCUCUAUGGCUUCACUGUCUCCAACAUUCCAGAGAAGAUCAUCCAGGCAUGUCUCCUUGCCACCAUGUUGGGAGGCUCUCCAAGGCACAGAGGAGGAGGAGAAGCGGUAGCGGGCACAGGCUGCACUUGGCUGGACACUCAAGAGGAGCUGUCCGGAAUGAUCCCUCCCCCACCAACACGCCAACACGGGGUGGGACCCUGUGCCUGGGGGGCGGGGGGUGGGCAGCGCCUCCACGGCAUUUUGGCCAUUUGGGCUUCCCUUGGGAAAUAGCCCUCUGUGCACCCAGCCACUCUCUCUCAGGCUGUCUGUAUCUGUGGCUUGUAGAUCUGGGCGUGUGAUUGGGCAGGAAUGAUUUUUGGUUACAGUGGGUUCAUCCAUGUCCAGGUUUGAACUCGCCCUCCCCUUUCGUUCAGGUGUCCUUUGGUUAGGUUUUAAUUUUAAUGUGGUCAGAAUUCUCCACCUUUUCCUUUACUGUUUGUACUUCUCAUGUCUUGCUUAAGGCUGGAGUGGUGGGGGCACAGGGCAGCUGCCCAGCCCCGCCUCAGGCCCCUCUCCCAGGGCCCCAUGUUUGGGCUCUCCCCAGCCCACCCUGCCCUCGUUGUGGAAGGGUGGUGGAGCCUGGGUGUCUCUCUUCUUGCAGUUCGCCUCCACUGCUCUUGGCCCCUUACUCUUCAAUAUGAAUUUUAGGAUCAGUCCGUCAAGUUCUGGGAAAAACCUACUUCAAAUUUUUAGUUUUGUAUUGCUUUACAGAUUAAACUGGGGAAGUUUCACAUCUUUAUGAUUUGGGGUAUUUCUACAUGCCCGUCAUUUCUGUUCCUUGUGCCAGUGGAGCCCACUUUGGUCGUAUUUGGUUUGAUGACCCUUGACUCGUGUCCGGGACCACCACCGCCGCUGCUGUGUCAUGAGUGCAGACUGACCGUGGCCAUUUAAAAAUCGACAAACAACUCAGGAGAAGCACCAUAUUUAUGUCUCUAAAAUGCUGCAUCUGAUAUCUCGUUGGCAAAGACUACAUUUCGUUAUAAGCACAGGUCUAGUUGCCCACGUAGAAUUAGGUAUUAAACUAUGAAGAGGUUUCCUACUGCUUGAAGGAGCCCGUUUGACUGAAGUUGAUAAGCACACGUCGACCUUGGACGUCGAAGCUGGCUGUGCAAGUCCUCUGGUUCCCAGGCCUCUGCUCACUCACAGGCGAGUUAUGGCUUACGCCAUGGAAUUCUGCAGUCACAGCACUGAACAGCAGCUCUUUAGAGAAGAGGCAGGAGGAGAAAAUCAGAACGUAUGGAAGGCAAUCUUUUUGGUGUUUGAGGAGGUCAAGGAGCUUGGUUUCCCCCAAGCCAGUGCCUCAGCGGCCAUCUUGGCAGCCUCUGGAGAGCCUGUGGCUCUCACAACAAUACUCAUCUGGUCACUCUGCCCAAUGGCCACCGUUACCAAUUCCAGAGCCGUUGCCCCCAUUCAGCUUCCAUCGGCGAUGACCGGUGCUGCCAGGACCACACCCUUGCUGCCCAAGCUCCCAAGAAGGGGCUCCACUGGAGCCCACCUGCACAGAAGUUGCCUUCUGGACCCCGACAGAUGCUCCCUGGCUGGCCCCGGCUGCCACUCAUGGCAGGGUGACUCAUGUCUGGUCACAUCUGAGGAUCAUAAAGAUGCAUCCCCAUCUUAAGGCCAUCCUGCCUGCUUGGCUGGACCAUUCAUUGGUUCCUAUAUGCAUCUAAUUCCACUUUGCCCAGACUUUUAUUUCCCUUCAUCAAAACAUCUUGUUUUUCUGCAUGUUGAACUCCAAUGUUGGUGGAUGCUGGAUCUCUAAAUUCUAUCCAGACCCACUAAACCUAGUGAAACCUGGUGGUGUUUGCUUCAUGAAUGCUGUUAGCUUUACAGCUGAAAAUCUUUAAUAGAGCUCCAUUCAGUGAGGACUGGUUGACUUUUUUCACGGCAGUUGGCCAUCUUUUUUAAUAAAUUCGCAGUUAUGCCUUU